UUUUUAACAGAGUUUUCGAAAAAUUCGAACUCUUUUACUCUUUUUGUACGAAAAUAAACAUUCGAAAUCUAUCGUUCGUCAUGCUUAACGGCAAGAUUGUCGUUUUUAGUUCAAAAAUAUUAACAUUUUCAGAGAAAAAUUUCUAGUUACUUGUGAAAUAGCAUUUCAUAAAGUUCCACCACCGGCAGUCUGCACACCAGUGUCGUAUGAAGGAAUUGAUACGGAGAUGAAAUUAAAUAAAUGGGGUUUGGCUUUACGGGACUAUCGACAAAUUCAUGAACGAUCAUUAUCGGUGAAAAACCUAACAUGCCUUGCUUCAGGAUUUAUGAUAAAACGUUAUAAACAAUAUUAUCAAGAUUUUCCAAAAUAUUUAAAUAGUGAAUAUGUUCGACAAGACGUUGAUUCAUUGAUUCAAGACGGUUUACUUGAAAAAAAAGCGAUUAAUGGUGAAUAA